AUGUCAAAAUAUGUAGCACCUUUACAAUCUUUUAUAGAUACAACUUUUUUCAAGGAAUUUUCCGAUAUUAAACUGAAUGUUGCUCAAUUGAACGUUGAUAGCAUACCUUUGUAUGCGAGGAUUGAUAUUCAGUCUACAUUACAGAGCAGCAACAAGUCUCAUCUUUUCCUAAGUAAACAAUGUUUUAAAGAGAGCAAUUGGGAGCAGGAUGAGGGUGGUAUCCCAAUAAAGGGUGCCAUCUAUAAUUUCAAUGUAUUAGAACAGUUUAAAAAUUUAGAUAAAAUGGCGUUCCUCAAUGAAAGGGGGAAAGAAUUAUUUGAACAAGGUGUUAACGAUAUUAAUAAAUGUGUCAGUUUUAGUAUUAUUAGUUUUGCAGAUUUGAAGAAAUACAAGUUUUACUAUUGGGUAUGCGUACCAUCUUUUUCCUUGGUAGGUCUAAAUAUUCAUACCAAUGGGGACGCUAUCACGACCGUAGACCAUUGUGACGAUAUUAAAGAGUGGUUUUCCAAACAUAUGGAUCAAUGGGUUUGUGUUAUUGACAAUGAUAGCACAAUUCAACCUUAUAGUUCAAUCACAUGGAAAGAUUCAAAUAUUCUAUGUUUGCGAGAUUUGAGUAAUAUGGAGGGAGUUCCAUCAACAUUAACCAAAAAUUUCCUGACUAUUUAUAAGACCCUUAACCCAUUAGCUGAAACAGUAACAGUAUAUUUCAUAAGACCUUAUGAUAAGAGUUUCGGACAGAAAUAUAAUCUACAGCAAACAUCAGAGAUUGAAGGUGAUGCUGACUUACUUAAAGUAACUGGGUGGGAAAGAAGCACGCAAGGGAAAUUAGCACCACGUUUAAUGGACUUAAGUUCUCUAAUAGACCCCUUAGUUAUAGCCGAACAGUCGGUAGAUUUAAAUCUUAAAUUGAUGAAAUGGAGAGUAUCUCCAGAAAUCGAUUUAGAUAUUAUAAAAAAUACAAAAGUACUAAUACUGGGAGCUGGAACUUUAGGGUGUUAUGUUUCAAGGGCAUUAUUAGCAUGGGGGGUUAGAAAUAUAACCUUAGUUGAUAAUGGUACUGUAUCAUAUUCAAAUCCUGUUCGUCAGCCAUUAUUUGAAUUUAGUGAUUGUGGGAAACCCAAAGCAGAAACUGCCGCUAAAGCAUUGAAGAAGAUAUUUCCAUUAGUAAAUGCUAAAGGGAUCUCGUUGAGUAUACCAAUGAUUGGUCAUAGCGUUCUGGAUGAAAUAAGUGAAAGACAGGAUUAUGAAACUCUGGUUAAUUUGUUUAAAAGCCAUGAUGCAAUAUUUCUCCUGAUGGACUCUAGGGAAACAAGGUGGUUGCCUACAAUUCUUGGGAAUAUCCACCAUAAGAUUAUCAUAAACGCCGCAUUAGGGUUUGAUAGUUAUUUAGUUAUGAGACAUGGGAACUAUCAUGGUAAAGUGAAGCAAAGAUUAGGGUGUUAUUUCUGUCAAGACGUUGUAGUACCCAGAGACAGUCUUACUGAUAAGACAUUAGAUCAAAUGUGUACUGUGACAAGACCAGGCAUUGCUAUGUUAGCUGCAUCACAAGCUGUGGAGUUACUGGUUUCAUUACUUCAUAGUAAAAAUGGUGUAGAUGCAUCAGCACAAGAAGAAACAAUUCUAGGUGAAAUUCCUCAUCAAAUACGUGGGUUUUUGCAUUCUUUUAAUUCUGUGAAGUUGAAGACCCCAGCAUAUGAAUAUUGUUCAGCAUGUUCUGAGAAAAUUAUAGAGACUUAUCGAACGGAUCAAUGGGAGUUUGUUAAACAAUCCUUAAAUGACGUAGAUUAUAUAGAUACUCUAAGUGGAUUGAGACAAGUGAAGAUGGAAAUUGAUAAUUUGGAGAAAGAAAUGGAUAACUGGAUCUUAGAUGACUCGGAAAUAGAAGAGAUAUAA